AAGCAAACCAGCUCGAACUAUAUACAGCUACUUGUCUUGUGUAUUGACUGACAAAUUGUAGUUAACAUGACACGUCAGGCAGACCGUCUUGCUAAGAUUGGGCUGGAGGGCUUUGCAGCCAUAGAUGAGCACUUCGGCCGGGCCAAGAGGCGGCCACCAGUGCUGAAGGUUCCCAAUGCUCAUCCGACAUAUUACUAUGCAAACCAAAUUCCUGCAACAGAAGUUAUCGACAGCAUCGAGGCAGCUCAACGCUACAAGGGGAGGGUUUAUCUCGAUUAUCCCAAGGGGAAACCAGUUCCGUUUUAA